AUGCGGUUUUCGCUGUUGGCGUUAGCUUUGGCGAUCCAGGCUGCUGCUACGAUCUUGGAGAAUGGGCAGGCGAGGCUGAAUCCUUAUCCUGGACAAGCGGAGGAGGUUUCUAUUGAUGACUCUUGGAAGAUAUACGAGGCUGGCGCGUCGGAGAUCUCAUAUAAGGGGCGGUGGGAUAGUACUUAUACUUCUUGGUGGUCUGUUCCUGGUGUCAAGUUUGGAUUUACGGGCGAUAAGCUGGCCGUGAGCUUUGGUGAAAAUACGUCAAAGAAUGUGCUUGUCGCUUAUCGGAUUGGUGGGCUUGACUGGGAGUUCUCGAACGUUACGGCCAAUUCAGCCUAUCAGUUCGUCAAGCCUGGAUCGUCGGCACUGAAUGAAACAGAGUAUGCGGAUGACAAGACAUUUGAAAUGCGAGUUCAGAUUGACGGCGUGUCUGUUGCUUCGGACGCGCGGUUGGUAAAAGCCGCAGAGUUCAAUAGGACGGUGGAAAUAAUUGGAGAUUCGCUCGCAUCAGGGCAGUACGCUACUUACGAGGGUCUUGCCUCGUGGGGUUUUAACUUCGCGGCUGGUUUGGGCAAUGCUGAAUAUACAAUAACGGCGUACCCCGGAAUAUGCUUGGUAGACAAGCAAUGUUAUGGCGGCGAUGCUCGCGGCAUGACGUAUCAAUGGUCCCACGCUUCAGAUGUAGGCGACCGUGCGAAUGCGGCCUUCGGUGAUAAGCCUGAAUCAUGGAAUUUCACCGCUCAUCGUGCAGCCGACCUAGUGAUAAUCAACCUGGGCACGAAUGACGGCAGGGCCAAGAACAAUAUUCCUAGCGACAAUUACUAUCAGAGUUACGUUAAAAUGGUGGAGAAAGUGCAUAGCGUUUGGCCUGAUGCACAGAUUGUCCUCAUGUCCCUCUGGGGUAAUUUCGUCAAGUCCAGCUCAACCUGGGUGCAGAAACCCAUCUAUGAAUCCGAAGUUCAGAAGGUAUACCAGCAUUUCGAAAAGGAUGGAUACGUGCAUUACUUCGACACAAAGGGCAUUCUCCAGCACAAUGAUAUCUCUCCGGGCGGCCAUCCAACGGAUGUCGGUCAUCUGAAAGUUGCCAGCCAUCUCAUGCAGUGGACGAAGAUCAAGCUUAGAUGGGAGUUUGGAGCCACUGGACCCGAGGUACAGCAUGACACCACCUAUUGGAAUAACCAAGAGAGCUAUAAACGGUCCGUCUUCUCUGGCCUAUUCAUCUAA